CACAAGAUGGCUGCCGCGCGCCCGGAGACCCCUAGUCCGAGCUCAGCGGCCCCGGAGCCGCGAUCCCCGGAGACGCCGGACCUGGUCCUGGUGCCAGAUGAUGGCCGCCCCGCCACACCCCCGAGUGACCUCAUCGAGAUCCAGGUGGUGAAGGUGACAGACACCACGCUGGUACCUGAGCCCCCGGAGCCAGGUUCCCUCCACUGUGCCUUGUGCCCAGCUGCCUUCCGGCUGGUCUCUGAGCUGCUGUUCCACGAACAUGGCCACCUGGCAGGGCCUGAGGGCGGCGGGCAGGGUGGGGACCCCAGCCGGUGUCAUGUGUGUGGCCACAGCUGUCCGGGCCCCGCCAGCCUCCGCGCCCACUACAGCCUGCACACGGGGGAGCGGCCCUACCGCUGCGCCCUCUGCCCCCGGGCCUUCAAGGCCCUGGCACCUCUGCUGCGGCACCAGCACCGACACGGGGUGGAGCCGGGGACCUCUCAGAGGCCUCCGGAGGCGGCGGUGGCUCGGGAACAGAGGCCUGGGGUGCCCCAAGAGAGGUCGGAGGUGGUGAUGGCGGCGGCGGCGGCGGGCGCCGCGGUGGGGAAGCCUUUCGCCUGCAGGUUCUGCGCCAAGCCGUUCCGCCGCUCGUCAGACAUGCGUGACCACGAGCGGGUGCACACGGGCGAGCGGCCCUACCACUGCGGCAUCUGCGGCAAGGGCUUCACCCAGUCCUCGGUGCUGAGCGGCCACGCACGCAUCCACACCGGGGAGCGCCCCUUCCGCUGCGCCCUGUGCGAUCGCACUUUCAACAACUCCUCUAACUUCCGCAAACACCAGCGCACCCACUUCCACGGGCCAGGCCCAGGGGUGGGGGACUCGGGCAGCCAGCUGGCCUCCAGGGCCGAGGGGCCAGGGAGCGGCUGUGGGGCAGGAGACAGUCUGGAGGAAGGGCAAAGGGAGGCGGCAAAGGUGAAGGUGGAGGUCGACCAGUAGGCUGGGAGAGCAGGGACACGGGGACAUCAGCGUGGCAAGUAGGAGGCAGAUUGCGAGGGAGGGGGCGGGUGGGAAAAGGAAGCGGGAGAGAGGAGACUGGGGUAGAGGUGAAAAGAGCUAACAGCGAUGGCCACGAGCAGCUAGUGCGGGAGAGCCAGUUUCGGGACACCCACCAAGCCAUACAGCACCUCCAAGAGACUCAGAACACAGUCCUGUGGGUGUCCGGCCACAUGUGAGGAACACAGGCUGGAUUCCACUGCCCAAGCUGCCUGCUCGUCCGGUUGUCCUCAUGCAAGACACAGCUUGUCCCCGCAGAGCCUGGGCACCACAGAGGGGGAGGAAGGGGCAGAACUGGGGCCGGACCUUCAUCUCCAGAACCCUGGAGUAUCUUGGGGACCUAGGGUGGACCAGGAUGGAAUCUUUUGCCUACCUCACUGGAUUGCACUGAACCUGGGAUGCCUACCCACCCUCAGGCAGAAGACACCCGCCAGGUUCUCCAUAAAGAGACUCCGGGAUCCCAUCACCUCGAAGCCAGAGGGUCCCCAAGUCCUAGCCGAGAGCACUUGAGCCUCAAGGAUGUAAGCCUGACCCUAAGGAUCUUGACUCCAAGAGCUGCUCCCUGCUCCCAUGGUGGGUCCUCCUUAACCCACUGACUCUGAGGCAACAAUAACAACAACAAACAGAGCAAACAGCCACCUAAUACCCCCAUCAUAGGCCUUUAGGUUCAGAGCCCAUGGCCCCCAGGGCUACAGAGUAGCCUUAGGUUUCUCUUAUCUCCUCCACUCCCUGUUUGAAGCAAACAGCUUACUGCCUAACCCAGCGCUACCCCCACGGAAGAGUUGGGGGAUGGCAGCUUGGUGCGCUGACCUGUGUGCGGCACGUGUGGAAUGCAGUGUCACUGUGGUAGGGGUGAGGACCUGGGAGCUGGAGGUGGGGAGCCUCCAGUUCUCCUAUUAAAGGACUUUCUGAAGGGUC